CUUCCUCUUUUCUUCUCUCUCUCUCUCUCUCUCUCUCUCUCUCUAGCCCUUCUGUAAUAUCUCUCACUGCACUUCUAUUUUGUUAACGAAUCCCAUAUAGAGAAAAAAUUGAAGUCAUGGUAGGAUCAUCACCUCUUCUAGCUUUAGUUUUUUGUGUUGCUUGCAUCUUUGGCCAACUUUUUGAGUUAGCUCAAGCUCAAAAUCGAACCCAAGCUGCUACAGAUCCUGCUGAAGUGACAGCAUUGAAUACAAUAUUUCAAAAAUGGGGGAUCUCAGCAUCAUCAAAUCAAUGGAAUAUAAGUGGGGAACCAUGCAGUGGAGCAGCCAUCGACUCCACAAGUUUUAAUGACCAAAAUCACAACCCUUUUAUCAAAUGUGACUGUUCGUACAAUAGUAACUCUACUUGCCACAUUACCCAAUUGAAGGCUUAUGCCCUAAAUGUAGUUGGCGUAAUUCCAGAUGAACUAUGGACUUUGACUUUCCUCUUCAAUCUGAAUUUGGGCCAAAAUUACUUGACUGGUAACUUGUCUGCAUCCAUCGGCAAACUAUAUCGCAUGCAAUACCUGAGUUUUGGCAUCAAUGCAUUAUCAGGGACACUUCCAAAAGAACUUGGAAAUCUUACAGAUGUACUAUCAUUGUCUUUUUCGACAAACAACUUCACUGGUUCUCUCCCAUUUGAGCUUGGCAAUUUAGUGAAAUUACAACAGCUCUACUUUGAUAGUUCUGGAAUAAGUGGUGCGAUUCCUUGGACAUUUGCUAAUUUAAAAAGCCUUGCAACAGUGUGGGCUUCAGACACUAAACUAACAGGCAGGAUACCUGACUUCAUUGGAAAUUGGUCAAAGCUUACUACCUUGAAGCUUGAAGGAAACUCUUUAGAAGGUCCAAUACCCUCAGUGUUUUCCAAUUUGACUUCUCUGACAGAGUUGAGAAUAAGUGAUUUGUCUAAUGGGAGCUCUUCACUGGCUUUUAUAAGGAAUAUGAAAUCUCUAAGUACCUUAGUGCUGAGGAAUAAUAACAUUUCUGAUUCAAUUCCAUCAAAUAUAGGAGAAUACUUAAAGUUGUCACAGCUGGAUCUGAGCUUCAACAAUAUAACAGGACAGAUUCCAAAUGCGCUUUUCAAUUUGAGUUCGCUCUCUUUCUUGUUUCUUGGAAGUAAUAAGUUAAACGGCAUUAUGCCUGCACAAAAAAGUGGGUCUCUUCUCUACAUUGAUUUGUCUUACAAUAAUUUACAGGGAAGCUUUCCUUCUUGGGUUAGCGAACAAAAUUUACAACUUAAUUUAGUUGCCAACAAUUUCACUAUAGAAGGUUCAAACAGCAGUGUUUUGCCUUCAGGAUUGACCUGUCUUCAACGGGGUUUUCCUUGCAAUCAAGGCAUUGGAAGAUAUUCUGAGUUUGCAAUUAAGUGUGGUGGACCUCAGAUUACCUCUUCUAAUGGGAUUGUGUAUGAGAGAGAUAAUGAGACACUUGGUCCAGCCACAUAUUAUGUGGUUGACACAGAAAGGUGGGCAGUUAGUAAUGUUGGAUAUUUUAGUGGGUCCAAUAAUGCUCAGUAUACAAGUUCUUCGUUAUCACAAUUCACAAAUACUUUAGACUCAGAGCUGUUCCAAACAGCUCGGCUCUCUGCUUCAUCAUUACGAUACUAUGGCCUAGGGCUUGAGAAUGGAAACUACACUGUGAGCCUCCAGUUUGCAGAAAUAGCUUUUGUAAACUCUAACACAUGGCAAAGUCUUGGGAGGCGUGUCUUCGAUAUUUAUAUCCAGGGGAAUCUUGUUUUAAAGGAUUUUGACAUACAAAAGGAAGCUGGUGGUGCCUCUUUUGUAGCUGUUCAGAAGGAAUAUAAUAAUGUUCAGGUAUCACAAAACUUCCUUGAAAUCCAUCUCUUUUGGGCUGGAAAGGGGACUUGCUGUGUACCUGCUCAAGGUACUUAUGGGCCUUCUAUUUCAGCCAUCAGUGCUACACCAGAAUUUACACCCACUGUUAGUAACAGUCCUCCAAGCAGCAACAAGAAUAGGACUGGUCUGAUUGUGGGCCUUGUUGUUGGUGUUGGGGUUGUGAGCUUUCUGGCUGUUUUCAUUGUUUUCUAUGUUGUUCGAAGAAGAAAACUGCCAACCAAUGAUGAUGAAGAGCUCCUUGGAAUAGAUGCUAAAACAUUCACUUUCAGCUAUGCUGAACUAAAGACAGCUACAGAAGAUUUUAAUCCUGAUAAUAAGCUCGGAGAGGGAGGAUUUGGACCAGUUUAUAAGGGGACACUUAAUGAUGGGAGAGUAAUUGCUGUGAAGCAACUGUCUGUAACAUCACACCAAGGAAAGAACCAAUUCCUAACUGAGAUUGCUACUAUAUCUGCUGUGCAACACCGUAACCUUGUGAAGUUGUAUGGAUGUUGCAUUGAGGGAGAUAAACGACUCCUUGUGUACGAGUAUUUAGAGAAUAAAAGUCUUGAUCAAGCAUUAUUUGGAAAAAGAACCUUGAACCUCGAUUGGUCAACACGCUUCAAUACAUGCUUGGGUGUGGCAAGAGGUUUAGUUUAUCUUCAUGAGGAGUCACGGCUUCGGAUUGUGCACAGAGAUGUGAAGGCUAGUAAUAUCCUGCUUGACUUUGAUCCCAUCCCCAAAAUAUCAGACUUUGGCUUGGCCAAGCUUUAUGAUGAUAAAAAGACCCACAUAAGCACACGCGUUGCAGGGACUAUUGGGUAUCUUGCACCGGAGUACGCCAUGCGUGGGCACCUUACAGAGAAGGCUGAUGUGUUUGCCUUUGGUGUUGUGGCUUUAGAGCUUGUUAGUGUCAGGCCAAAUUCUGACUCAAGCUUGGAAGAAGAAAAGAUAUAUCUUCUUGAAUGGGCUUGGCAGUUGCAUGAAAACAACCGUGAAGUUGAUCUUGUGGACUCUAAAUUAUCAGAAUUCAAUGAGGAAGAAGUAAAACGACUAAUAGGAGUAUCUCUUUUGUGCACUCAAGCAUCCCCAACGUUACGACCAUCAAUGUCGCGUGUGGUGGCAAUGCUCUCUGGAGAUAUUGAAGUGAGCACUGUAACUUCAAGGCCAGGAUAUUUGACAGAUUGGAAAUAUGAUGAUAUAACCAACGUAAUUGGUGAGGGUGCAACUGAUAUUAGCUAUUUCAACUCAUCAACAGCCAGUACAAGCAUUGUGGGUGAUGUAGGGAAUUCACUAGCAAAUGCUUCUAAACCUAUGAUUGGUGAUGCUAUCAAACAGGGUCGAUGAGAAUUCGUCAUUAUUUUCCUUCAAAAUUUUUCCUGUGUAAACUAAAAAGCGUUUUGUACAUUCUUCAAAUCUUAAUCAUAUGUAUUUAUAUAAUCAUGGAUGUAACUGUUUAGCAUGGAUUUUGCAAUCUUCCUUUUGUGAUUUUGACACCUUAAUUCCUUACAUUUUUUGGUAGAGGUGUAGUUUGUGUCAUGUAGUGAGAGAAACACUAUCAAAUGUAAGGUGCUAUUUAAGAAGCUAUACAAAUGUUUCAUAUGGAGAUUUACCUUA